AUGAGUAACUCUACAAGUUCGACGACUUCAUCAGACGGUUGCGUUGUAUGUCCCACUACACCAGCCUGUCCCACUUGUGAUGACGAUGAAUAUUGUGUCAUGACAUCUCUAACAUGUUCUAAAUGCCCAACAACCUAUUGUUCACCUCGAUCAUCUAGUCAGUUUAGUUCUUUGAACAAUUCUACCAGUACCACUAGUACUAAUUCUAGUGAUAAUGGAGGUACGAAUCAUACUACGAAGAUUGUGGUCGGUAGUGUCAUUGGUGGUAUUGCUGCAUUAGUACUUCUAGUUGGUGCUUUAGUAUACCAAUGGUAUUGGAAACCUCGUAGAAAGCACAGUCAAUUGAAAUUAAAAGAAGAUAUGAAUAUGUUUGGUGAUCAUAAUGGGAUUCAUGAUGAACUUGAUGAUGAAUUUACAGAUGAUGACGACGAGGAUGAAUAUACUGAUGAUGAUGAUGAAGGAAGAGGAAAUAAUAAUGAACGUAUGAAUGGUGGAGUUGCAUUAGAUUAUGAAGCACUUGAUGAAUUAACAAGUUUAAAUGAUUACGGUUAUAACAGAAAAGGAAAUACAAGUGGUGGUCAUCAUCGUCAACAUCAAUCACCAUCGGGAUCAGAAGAUAUAGUUCAAUUAAGAGAUUUAAGUAAUCAUAGUAGUUCCAAUAAUCUGCAAAGAAAUGCCAUUGGUGGUAAUCCACCUUGGAUAUCUGGUCGUCAUGGUUCAAAGGAUUCUCUACGUAAAUCGAUGUUAAUUCCUGGAAAUCGUACUAGUACUACGUCAACUAUUAGAACCAAUGCCUCUAAUGUGUUACCUAUCGCAUAUAUUCCAGGUGUUACUAGUGCAGGCCAUGGUGGAACCAUUGGAAGUGGUAAUAGUAAUAAUAACAAUCAUAAUUCAAGACGUACACCAACUUCUUUAAAUAGUAGUAAUAGUGCAUUAGGUCGUCUCAAUAAACCUGCACGUCAUCAAUUGGGUAAUGGUAGUGGUAGUAGUUUGAAUGUUGUUGGAGAUACUGGGUCUCAUAUUACAUUAGGCUCAUCAAUUUUGGGUGGAUUAGAUGAAGAUUUUGAUGAUAUGAGUAUUAAUAUGACAACAUCACUUCCAUCACAAGUUACAUCUCAACCACCCCAACAAGAAGAACAAAAUAUUAUUGAUAGAUCCGCUACAACCACAAUGACAUCUUUUGAACAAGAUAAUAAUACAUUAGAUGAAGCUACAGGAACAGAUUUAGAAAGUGCAAUGGAUACUAGUCUUGGUACUAUUAAGAUAGGUUUAGGUAAUAAUUUAAUGACAGCAAUCAAAGCCAAACCAAAAUUGAUCCAAAUCAAUGAAGAAGAAGAUACAGAUAACCAAUAUGAAUUAAAUGAAUACAACAAUGAUAAUAAUCAUGAAGAAGAAGAAAAUGAUGAUGAUGAUGAUGAUGAUGAUGGUAGUUUCUUAUUAGAUGUUGAAUUACCUUCAUCACUACGUAAUGAAACCAAUCCAUCACUUGAUCCAAAUCCAAAUCAAAUGCCAUCGACAAAUAAUGAAGAAUUUAAAAGUCCGUUCGAUGAUGCAUUCGAGAUAGACUCCGAAUGA